AUGUGCUCAGCUGAGUCCAGACCUCCUGCACAGUUCCAGUGGUUUGUGAAUGGAGACCUGCGGUCUGAUGGAGCAGAGCUCAGACUGGUGGACAUUCAGGAGAGUCACAGUGGGAACUACAGCUGUCAGGCCUUUAACAGCAGAACUCUGAGAUAUAUAACAUCUCAGCCUGAAUCUGUAACUGUGCUGGCACCAGUAUCCAAUGUUCAGGUAAACGCCAGCACUACAGACGUCCUGGAGUCCAACAGCAGCACCGUCAGUCUGUCCUGCUCCUCCUCUGGACCCUCGCUCUCCUUCCUCUGGCUGAACAGCAGCUCUGAGGUUACAGGAAGUGACAGAGUUCAGCUCACUGAUGGAGGCUCCACUCUCACUAUAAUCAAUGUGACCCGCUACGACCAGGGACCAUUCAGGUGUCAUGUAUUUAACCCCGUCAGUAACGUCACCAGUGUCCCAGUAAACCUCCUCAUCAUCUACGGCCCGGAAAAUACCAAUCUGACUAUAUCUCCGUCAGAAGAAUAUUAUGACGAAGGAUCGGACGUCAUCCUGAUGUGCUCAGCUGACUCCGGACCUCCUGCACAGUUCCAGUGGUUUCUGAAUGGAGCCCUGCGGUCUGAUGGAGCAGAGCUCAGACUGGUGGACAUUCAGGAGAGUCACAGUGGGAACUACAGCUCAAACGUCUCCAAUGUUGUAAUAACUGCCAGCAGCACAGACUUGGUGGAGUUCAACAGCUCCGUCAGUCUGUCCUGCUCCUCCUCUGGAUCCUCGCUCUCCUUCCUCUGGCUGAACAGCAGCUCUGAGGUUACAGGAAGUGACAGAGUUCAGCUCACUGAUGGAGGCUCCACUCUCACUAUAAAUAAUGUGACCCGCUACGACCAGGGACCAUUCAGGUGUCAUGUGUUCAAUAAUUUCAGUCGUUACACCAGCGAUCCGGUGACACUCCGCAUCAGCUUUGGGCCUGAAAAUACUCAAUUAAAGCUUUCUCCAUCACAAGAGUUCUUUCUGAAAGGGUCAAACAUCAGCCUGGUGUGCUCAGCUGACUCCAGACCUUCUGCACAGUUUCAGUGGUUUGUGAAUGGAGAGCUGCGGUCUGAUGGAGCAGAGCUCAGACUGAUGGACAUCCAGAUAAAUCAAAGUGGAAGAUACAGCUGUCAGGCCUUUAACAACAAAACCAUGAAACAUGAAACCUCCCAGGCUGCAGCCAUCUCUGUACGGACACCAGUCUCCAAUGUGGAGGUGACUUCAAACAACACAUAUUUUGUGGAGUUCAGCAGCUCCGUCAGUCUGUCCGUCUCCUCCUCUGGAUCCUCGCUCUCCUUCCUCUGGCUGAACGGCAGCUCGAGGGUUAAAGAAAGUGGCAGAGUUCAGCUCACUGAUGGAGGCGCCACUCUCACUAUACGCAAGUUGACCCGCUAUGACCAGGGACCGUUCAGGUGCAACGUGUCCAAUGGUGCCAGCAGUGUAAUCAGCCAGCCGGUGACUCUUUUCAUCCAAUAUGGACCUGACAACAUGGUCAUCAAGGGACCUGCAUCCGUACGUGUCGGAGACUUUGCAAUGCUUUACUGCUCCACGAUGUCCGUCCCAUCACCAGCGUUCACCUGGUUUUAUAACGGAAAGCCAACUGUUUGUGGCGCGAGGGCUGCAAUGAACAGCAAUUAUCCGGCACAUGAAAAAGAGAAAUCAAGUAUGGAGGUGAAACCUUCAGACGUGUACCGGAUCUCAAUGAGAGAGCCCAACGUCGUGUCUUCCUUUGAUGGUGAGUGA